AUGAUAGCGGAAUCAAAAUAUACAGAAUAUUCUCCAUAUCCAAUUGAUGUAAUUCUUUUUUCACAUAUUUAUUUAAAUUUGUUUGUUGCAGGAUCAUAUUUUUUAGAAACAAAGAAUAAAAGAAAGGGACAUUUAUUUCUUUAUGAGGUUGACUAUAGUGGAAAGACAAUAAAGUUAAUCCAAAAUCUUGAAUGUGAUGCAAUACUUGAUAUGAAAUGGAUCUCAAAUUCUCAAGAAAAACUUCUUAUUACUAAUUCUACGGGAGGGAUAUCUAUUUAUGAGUUAUUGGGUCCUUGUAAUCCUAUUUUGAGGUGUAUAUGGUUUAAACAAAUUUUUGAUUCAAAUACUUUAAUUUUGUCUGUUUCAAUAUCAAGUAUUAGAAAAUCUGCCAUAGUUUCUACAUCUAUGGGAGAUUUGUGUAUUUUUGAUUUAAAUUCACUUCAAGUACUGCAAAAAUGGAAAGCGCAUGAAUUAGAAUGUUGGACAGCAUGUUAUAAUAUUGAUUCAUCUGCUAUAUUUUCAGGUUCUGAUGAUUGUACUUUUAAAAUUUGGGAUAUUCGUUCAUCAGCGCAACCUUUAUUUACAAAUACAAAAAGUCAUGAAGCAGGAGUAAUAUCUUUUAUUUCAUUUGACAAAAAGUUGAUUACAGGAUCAUUUGAUGAUCAUAUUAGGUUAUUUGAUUCUCGUGAUUUUAGUAAAAAUGUCUGGAAAGAAAAUAUGAGCAGUCCAUGGAGACUUGUUCAGCAUUCUGAAAAUCAAUUUAGGAUUCUUGGUUGUUUAAUGUAUGAAGGAGCAAAGUUGUUUGAUUUAGAUAUCUUGGAAAAUGAUGUAUAUAAAGUAAGAGUAUAUAAAGAAUUUGUGGAGCAUGAAAGUAUAGUUUAUGCUGGAGACUGGUAUAAUGAACAGGAAGUUGUAACAUGUAGUUUUUAUGAUAAAAAAAUAUGUUUAUGGUGA